UUAUAUAAUUUGGGCGAGAAAAGUCGCAUGGAAAUUCGUUCAUUUCAAACUUAAUAAUUUACCCGGCAAACUCAUUGGAAAAUUAAAAACGAUAAUUAUCUAUAUUAUUUUCAAUUAAAAAUCAUCAUAUAAAAAAAUGAUGGUAUUAAAUCCCAGAGGGGAAAACUCUAACAAUGAAGGCCAAAAUUCGGUCCUGAACAGCAGUCUAUCAAAAUUCGAAACCUUGAAAAAAUUACCUAUUGAAGAAAGUGAACCAAAGAUUAAUUAUGAAAGAGUGAACGAGAGAGUCACGCCCACUUUAAAAACGUCGGUCGGGCUUGUCAACCCGAUCACAGCGUCAAGGAUCAUCCAAGAAGCGGCCAAGAUGUUUAACGAAAUUGAUUUACAGAAAAAUCUGUCCUGCUUGAAUUUCGGGGAUAUGGAGAACGAGGCAAAAAUUGUCAAUGGGUAUCGUCUCCCUAAGAAUUUGAACGAUAAGUACAGCAAUAGUAGCUGUAUAAACGAAACCAAUUCCCUAAAUUGGGGUGACCAUGGAGGGGAAGAUGCGAAACGGGAACCGAGAAUCAGGGAAUACUCUGAAUUCCUGAAAACGCGACAAUUGGAAAAUUUGCGUCAAUACCAUCAAAGGCUUUGGCUUUACAGCACGGUGACCACUCCGGUCCAUCAGACUCUCAGUUUACCGCCCCUUUAUGCGACCGAUAAAAAUAACAAAGAUUUAACAUCUAAUAUUUUGGAUGUUAACAAUCAAUACCAUCAACAGAGUCUUAACUUUGUUCCUGAAUUGCCAUAUGUUAAUAUCGAUAAUAAAAUUAAUAAUUUCAUAAAUCACCCACUUCAUCAACCCUUGAUCGUUCACCCUUCAUUAUUUUACCCACAACACCAAUUUCCUAUGACGUAUCCACUCUCACACCUACCAGCAUUCGAAAACUUUCCUCACCAAUCCUUAUCUUACAAUCAAAACUUGACCAUCAAUGGAUCCCUACCAGAAUAUAUCUUGAACACACUGGCUAAUUACGGGAAUUACUCUAAUACUUUAGGCAUCCAAAAUUUGGCCGAAUUAGGCGAUAAAAGUGGUAUCAUAACAGAUAACAGCGAUGUGAUGAGCGCCAAAAAAUUCAAUCGAAAGCGGAAAAGUCAGGAUUCGUCUUACAACACGGGUUCCAGUAAGGAUGACACCCAAAAUUCUCCCUCUGAUUCUCCCCUUUCCUCCUCCCCCAAAACCAAAUCCUCAUUCCAACUAUCUCCCUUAUCUUCUUCGCAAGAAAAUUUAGCUGUCAUUCAUAACCAACAUCAAGCCAAAAUGAUGAACGACUUGAAAAAUUUUUACGAAACCGAAAGCAAUCCUUACAGCUUCGAAAUAAAUGAAAACCACAACGGCCUAUUAGCCUCCAUGCCAGAAAAUAAAUGCUCAAUCAAGCCUUUCAAAGACAACCUUGAAAAUCAUCUUUUCAAAAGUUCCGAGAAUCGUAUUGACCUAUCUCCUAUGGUACUUGAUUCGCAGCAUCCAUCAAUCCUCAAUAAUCUGGAAUUGGAAAAGCCACUCAAUUUAGAAUUCGAUGGAACGACAGUGCUUUGCAGGGUUUGUGGAGAUAAAGCCAGCGGAUUUCAUUACGGAGUGCAUUCUUGCGAGGGUUGCAAGGGUUUUUUUAGAAGAAGCAUUCAGCAAAAGAUACAGUACAGACCUUGCCUCAAGAAUCAGCAAUGUAGUAUCCUUAGGAUAAACAGAAAUAGAUGCCAAUACUGUAGACUCAAAAAGUGCAUGGCGGUAGGAAUGUCCAGAGACGCCGUAAGAUUCGGGAGGGUUCCAAAAAGGGAGAAAGCUAAAAUACUUGCCGAAAUGAGCAGAGUUAUCAAUUCAAAAUCCUCCAGCUUGUCUAAAUUGACCACGGAUGACAUCAUACAACUGAAGGAUAAAUCAACUGGAAACGGGUUUUAUUCUGACGAAAACGUUCGUUUAGACACGUUAGUUACGAUCUUACAGAACGCCCACUCUGACACACUUAGCAAUUUGAAUGGCGGAUCUUUGAAAGACAUUAACCUUUCGCAAAAUAAUGCCACUAACCUUUGCCCAAUAAGCAUGUUGUUUAGCCCGACCGUUUGCACGGAUGGAAAUGGGAAAUAUGGAGACAACUCUCUCAUUAUAACUAACUAUACCAAAGCUAUUCACGAAGUAGUAGAGUUUGCUAAAAGAAUUCCGAGAUUUGUCAAUUUAGAGCAAGAGGAUCAAAUAACAUUAUUAAAAACCGGUGUUUUCGAAGUUCUAUUAAUUCGAAUGGCUAAGCACCUGGACUCCUCGAACCAAUAUUGGUGGAAUGACCAUUACAAAAACACGAGCAAUAGUAUGAAUUCAAAUAUUUUCGAAGUAAUGUUCGAUUUCGUGGAUAGAUUUAACAAGCUAAAACUGGACGAGACUGAAAUAGCUAUAUAUAGCGCGAUAGUAUUAAUAUCUUCGGAUCGGCAGGGCUUAAAAAACGUACCUAAGAUUCAAUCUCUCCAAGAGACAUUAAUCAAAAUUUUAGCAUACUACUUGACCAAAAGACAAAAAUGCGAUAACAGUUAUUAUCCUAACAAAGACCACUUAUUCGCCGAAAUGAUGACUCAAGUAGGGGAAUUAAAAAAACUCAAUGCUUUGCAUUCCAGAAAGGUUAUGAGCUGCAAAAAGACACUCCUGCUCGAUUAUAAUGGAAUGGUAACUGUGACGAAUGACAAAGAUAGUUUUUUAAAUCCGAAAGAAUCCCUUAUUCUUAAGCAUCAAGGUGGGUUUCUCAGGCAAAAUUGCGACAUGUCCGUUUUACGUAGUUUUUUAAAGCGCAAGCCAUGCGAUACGAAUUUUUCAAAAAAGGACGAAAAUCGUUGUCCGAUAGUAGGCACUAACGAUAAAAUACUAAGAGCCUUUUUAUCUUCUGACACUAAUCCUUCUAAUUUGAAACUCCCCACUGACUCAAGAUUUUCUGCCAAUUCUGUAGAAACAAAUCAUUCAUUUUUUCAAUCAUUUUUUCCAAAUGAAUCCGUUACUGAUAUCCAGGCCAUGAUGGAUUUAAAAGAGGAUGUAAGAGACAAAAAAAUGGAAGAUGUUCAAUGCGUAGUCAACAGAAAAUGCUUUUCAACUUCGCCUCAAACCACAAAUCGUUUAACUCGCACUAAUAGUGAUUUCAUCAAAUUUAAUUCUUCAACCAAUCCUAAGAAACUCGAUAAUUUCAACAUAAAUAUAUCAGAUACCUUGAGCCACGAAAAUUUAGAUAUUAAAAUAGAAACAAUUACCAAAAACAAUAUUUUAUCGGAAGAAUCAAAAAGUAUGGUCCCCCCAAAUUUAUUAAAUCAAGAAAGAUACCAAUAUGACUUAAACGACGCCGUUCAAUACCAACCGCUAGAUUUAUCGGUAAGAAAGAGACCGAAAACUAUAUAAUCUCUUAAAUAAAUAUUUUUGAGGUCUUUAUUAUACUGACAGCUAUUAACCAAUAAUAAAAUCAUAAUAAUUACUUUAAUGAUCUCUUCGAUUGAUUUUAUGAAUCAAUUCGUAAUUUUUUACAUAUUUUUAUUAUUUUAUAUGGUUAAGAUUUGA